AUGAAAAAAAACACUACAGAUAAAGGCGAAUAUAGCUUUGAGGAUUAAAAUUCUUUGGAUGAGUAGGAUGAUAGAAAUCAAAUUUCCAUUAAUGCAUCUGCAAAAGAAUCUUUUGCAAGAGCAUAUAACCUUUAAAUAUAAAAAGUAGAAGCUAUCCUUUUAAGUGAAUUCAUAAGUAACAUUAAGUUGAAGCUAAGACCUGAGGAUUAUGUCACAAAAAAGAAUGAUGAAAAUUUAAGAUUAGAUGAAUAUGUUUUUAUCUUUAAAGUUGUGUUCAAUGAUUAAGAAUGGAAAAUCAGAAAAAGAUUUUCAGAUUUCUAAAACUUGGAUAAAUAAAUGAGAAAAUUAGCUGAGGAUACAGGUAUUAAUGAAUAGCAACUUUACCCUAUUCCUAAGACGGAAGGAAGUCAAAAUAUUCAGCAGAUGUUCGAUUUAUUCUUUUUAUAUCUUACCUAAUGCAUAUAAUUCCCAGUUCUUGACAAAAGUGAACCUUUCUAAGAGUUUCUUGAAAUAUCAGCUAUAAAUCAUUAAGGACAUAAAAAAUUCAAAGAAUGCUUUAUGGUUAAAAAGGCAGGAGGUAGAACUAAUGAAAGCAGAUGCGUUAGAUGUGGAGUAUUUUGGGGUAGAUGGAAUAAAAGAUAUUUUUGUGUAACAUCUGAUGGAGUCUCCAUAUCUAAAGGGAGAUCUGAAAAUGAAUGCUAGAUUAGAGAAAUGAUUAUGUUUGAUUAUGAUUUUUAUGUUAAUUAUGGUUUGUAAGAAACAGGCUAUUAAAAAGGUAUUAGACUAAAUUCUUCUAAUCGUAAACUAACUCUUGAAGCUCCUACUCUUUUCCUAUUCUUUGAUUUUCUAAUGGGAUUAAAAGAAGCUAUUGAAGAAAGUCCGUAUUUAGGAACUCAUCGUUUUGCAUCUUUUUCGCCAAUUCGUCAAAAAAAUAAUUGCAAAUGGUAUGUUGAUGGUGAAAAUUACUUUAAAGAUGUUUACAAAUACAUUAAAAGAGCUUAAAGCGAAAUUUUUAUAACUGAUUGGUGGUUGUCUGCUCAGUUUUAUUUAGUAAGACCAAUAUAAGGCGAAAAGCAAAGCUCUCGUAUUGAUUUAUUACUUAAGUAAAAGGCUGAAGAAAAAGUUAAAGUAUUUAUAAUUGUUUACAGAGAACCAAAGGUUGCUCUUACGAUUGAUUCUCACUAUACUAAAACUAAUUUAAUGGGUUAGCAUUAAAAUAUUAAAGUUAUACGCCAUCCUAAAACUUUAAUACCCUUUAUGUGGUCACAUCACGAAAAAAUGGUUGUAAUAGAUUAAAAAGUUGGUUUUUUAGGAGGAUUAGAUAUUUGCUAUGGACGUAUGGAUAAUCAAAAGCAUCAUCUAUUUGACGUAGUAGAAGAAAAGGGUUAGGGAUAAUUCUGGCCAGGAAUUGAUUUUUCAAAUGGUAGAACUAAAGAUUAUUCAAAUGUAAAAGAUUUUCUUAGAUCAGAAAUUGAUAGAAGAAAAGACCCUAGAUUACCAUGGCAUGAUAUAGCUAUGAGAGUUGUUGGUGAUGCCGUUAUAGAUAUGUCUAGACAUUUCAUUUAAUAUUGGAACUUUGCUCUUGCUGAUUUAGAAUUGAAAAGAGCAAAGGAAAAUAAAUUUGUUUUAAGAAUGCGUUAAAACGAAAGUGUAGAUUCAAAAAGAAAAUCAGAAAGAGAGUCUGGCUUUUUAAAUAAAAUAAAGAAGAAAUGGAAAAAAUUUAGAGAGAGUUCAAUUAUUGGGGAUUCAAAAAAAAAUGUUGAAGAUGAACAAGAAUAAGAAGAACAAAAAUAGGAAAUACAAUAAAACUUAAUUGAUGAAAACCAAGAUGCUUUAUAUGAUUAAGAUAUGAUAGCUACUAAUAAAAGCCAUUUGUCCUUCCAAAAACAAAAUUAGAAUGAUUUGUAUUUUAAUUAAUUGAUGAGAUAAUCUUAAAUAUCACAUACAGCAAAUAGAGGUUAAGAAAAAUCAUUUUUAUCUAACUAAUCUAAAAUUUAAAUUAGUGAUAAACUCCCUAAUCAAAAUGGAAUGGUAAUUAAUGAGAAAGUAGAAGAAGAAAAUUAGUCUGACUAAUCUCAAUAAAUAUAUUUCAAAAAAUUAGAAAGUAAUGAAAGUCAGAAGUCUCAAAACAAUUAUAAUUAAAUAUUUAACAGCAGUCCCGUGAUUUAGUAGCAAUAAUCCAAUAGAGUCCUUCAAUCAGCAUUUCCUGUGUUGUAGUCAAAGACAAGUGAUUAAAUUAUACCUGUGACAGAAAUUUAAUAAGCUAACAGGGUUCGCUCUCUUUCUACUGAUAAUUUAAAAGUUGAUGUUUUAGAAUAACAAUUUUUAGAUUUAUUGAAUGAUGUAAGAAAAAUUAAGGACGAAGACGCAUCUAAAGGUUAUUAUGAAAGCUAAGAUUAAAAAGAAAACGAGGCUAUUUCUAAAUCAGUAAAAAAGCGUAAGAAUUCUGAUGACAGUGAUUCUUCUGUUGAGACUGUAGAUUAAGAAUAGCAAGAUAUUAUUUUAGAUAAUAAAAAAAUCAUACAUACGGUUAAAGGUAAAUCAGAUUGCUAAAUGGUCAGAUCAAGUAGUUUAUGGUCAUGUGGUGUAAAAGAAACCGAAUGCAGUAUUCAUAUAGCUUAUAUUUAACUAAUAGGUUAAGCAUAACAUUUUAUUUAUAUUGAAAACUAAUUCUUUAUAAGUGGUACAGCUGGUGACCCUGUGAAAAAUAAUAUAGCUUAGGCUUUAGUGUCUCGUAUUAAGUAGGCUCACUAAAAUAAUGAAUAGUUUAGAAUAAUUGUGGUAGUUCCUUUACUACCUGGUUUUGAAGGUGAGAUACAUGGAAAUUCAGGUGUUUUAAAAGUUUAAUUGCAUUGGGAAUAUUAAACUAUAUGCCGUGGUGGUAACUCUAUUUAUGAAAUACUAGAAAAUGAAAAUAUUCCUAACCCUGAUAAAUACAUCAGCUUCUACGGAUUAAGGACACAUGCUUAAAAGGCUGGAUAAGAUCCUGUUACAGAAAUAGUUUAUGUUCAUAGUAAGCUAAUGAUAGUUGAUGAUAGAGUAGUUAUCAUGGGUUCAGCAAAUAUUAAUGAUAGAAGUAUGAAAGGCUCAAGAGAUUCUGAAAUUGCUAUGGUAGUUGAAGAUAAAGAGCAUAUCACUACAGUCAUGGGAGGACAAUAAUACUAAAGUAGCAAAUUUGCCUAUACUCUUCGUUAGUCUCUCUUCUAAGAACACUUUGGAUUGUAAGAAAAAGAAAUGGUUGACCCUCUUGAUAAUGACUUUUUUGAAAAAAUAUAAACAAACUCAAAGAAAAACACUUGGAUUUACAGAGAAAUAUUUAGAUGCUAUCCAGAUGAUAACAUAAAAGUCUCCAGCGACUAUGAAGAAUUUAAAAAGAAAAGAAAUUUAGCAUUAUAUCCUAAUUUAAAAGAUUAAAUAACUGGCUAUGCAGUUGAAUUCCCUAAAAGAUUCUUAGAAAACGAAGAUUUAAGAUUAAAGAGAUCUCAGAAGGAGUUUUACUGUCCUGAUAUUAACUUUACAUGA